AUGAGUGAAACCAGACCAGUUCCUGAGGACUGUGCCGAACUGUUCAAAACUGGACAACGUCACGAUGGAGUGUUUACUAUUGAUCCUGACGGUGCAGGUGCCUUUGAAGUUUUCUGUGACCAAACGAACGACGAAGGGGGAUGGAUAGUAUUCCAAAGGAAACUUUACGGCUCCUUCAACUUUAACAAAUAUUGGAAUGACUAUAAAAAUGGCUUUGGAAAUCUAUCUGAAAAUUUUUGGCUCGGGCUGGACAAGCUCCACCGUUUGACAAGUAGAAGCCAUCACCAACUUCACAUCUACCGGUAUUGGUCCAAUUGGUCCCAUCCUACGACUCAAUCCAGGUCAUUUAAGUCCUUUAAAGUGCAGAGUGAGGAGACUAAGUACAUGCUGGAAUUGGGUGAACCAGGAUUUGUGAACGCCUCUCUUCAUUAA